UCUUGAUCUGCUACCCAGGCAGGAGUUUGGUGGUGUGACCACGGCUCACUGCAGCCUCCAUUUCCUGGGCUGAGUGAUCCUCCUGCCUUAGCCUCCCAAAGGCUAAGGCACCCUUCUGAUAGAUCCUUGUUUUAUAGAUGAUGAAACCAAGAAACAUACUAAGUAAAUGGCUUAAAAUCACAAUCUAAUUAUAGGCAGGAAUAACUAAAAUCAGACUUCCCAACUCCUAGCCCUUUCCAAUACAUUAAAGUGACCUUGAUUCAUCUGUGUAUACAUCAUGGACCUGUAGUCACGCUCCUAAGUUUAACUUUCCAAUAUUGCUUGUAUCGUUAACUCUGUAACUUUCUAUCAAGGAUCUUUCCAGUGGCAUAGGAAAUGUGUAUGUCCUCUGAGAGGCACACCUACAUGCACUUGGGCAGGUGCACAGGUGGAUCUAUAGUCUCAGCCUGCCCAUUCAGUCUGAACAAGAAGGAAUCAUGAUAGUUUGAUUCCUGGGUGCAGAGCAAUGCUACACACAUUCCGAUAUGGUUGUUGGAGUCUAAGAACAGUGUUCCCAUGCAGAUAGGUGACAUGAAAAAUACGUGGCCUUCAUUUCCUAGAAUGUUAUAGCCAUGGAGUCUUAGAAUAACUCUUGGCAUCCCAAUUAAAAGCUGGAUCACUUCCUCCAAAUAGUCUUCGCUCACUUCCGGGAGUGGGUUGUAUUCACCUUUAGCUCUGUUCAUGAGACACUCACAUGGGAUAUUCCUAGCCUUCUGUCCCCUUAGUUACGGGCAUUCCAGCCUCACUGCUGUAUAACCAGAGGCAUGGGAGCUGCAGCUGUCAGAAUCCUAAUCCCUUCUGCUUGGACUCGUUACCAGUGUGUACAGUAGUAAACUGUGUGCUGUGAUGCUAGCCUUUCAGUCACUACCAGAGGUCUCAGCAGCAAAAACAAAAAUUGUGGAUAAUACGUUUUAACCUUCUAGAAACUCAGCUAACUCCUUUAGUUUUCAAGAAAUAAUGAAGAAAACAUCAAUAUAUCAUCAACCAUCAUUUCAUUACUUGUUGGAUUCAGAAGCUCAAGAAGAGACCAGAGAAGACUAUGAUGACAAGCAGGUGGUCACAGAGAUCAUGGCAAGAUGUUUUAUUCCGACUUCGAUAACAACUACUUCCUGGGAAAGUUUUCAUUUUAUUGGUCAUGAGAUUCGAAUUACUGAGGCCAUGGAUUGUUACGGUGCUGUUGUUUGGCCAUCGGCCCUUGUUCUAUGCUAUUUCCUGGAAACAAAUGCAAAGCAGUAUAAUAUGGUUGACAAAAACGUGAUUGAAAUUGGAGCUGGAACAGGACUAGUCUCCAUUGUGGCAAGUUUACUUGGUGCUCAUGUGACGGCCACAGAUUUACCCGAAUUACUUGGAAACCUGCAAUAUAAUAUUUCCCGAAACACCAAAAUGAAAAGCAAGCAUUUGCCUCAGGUUAAAGAACUCUCCUGGGGAGUAGCUUUAGAUACAAACUUCCCCAGGUCUUCUAAUAAUUUUGACUAUAUUUUGGCAGCAGAUGUGGUCUACGCUCAUCCUUUCUUGGAAGAGCUCCUCAUUACCUUUGACCAUCUGUGCAAAGAAACCACCAUCAUCCUCUGGGCCAUGAAAUUCAGGUUGGAGAAGGAAAAUAAAUUUAUAGAUAGAUUUAAGGAGUUGUUUGACCUGGAGGAAAUUUCCAGUUUCCCUAGCCUGAAUAUUAAGUUGUAUAAAGCUGUGAAGAAAAACCAGAGGAGUGUAUGACAUCCUCAGUGAGGACGUGGAAAGGUUAAGGCAAUUUUUAGCAAAUAAUCACUUGAAAGAAAACCCUGAAUAACCUUAUGUGCCAUUGAGUUUCCCAAGGGCAAAUACACACACAGAUGCACAUACACACACACACACACACACACACACACACACACACACCCCACUAUGAGAAUAAAAGACAGUUUCCCAAAUUUGCCUCACCCCAGGCAGUAAUUUUUCCAGAUACUGCAUGUGAGUCUGUAGGAUUGGGGGUAACUUGUUCCUAGUUUGUCUCCAUCAGCACCCAGGCCUGCCUUCUACUCAUGCAGUAAUAGAAACUCUUGGCAAAGUCACACUGUGCUGUCAUUGUCUGCUGUCCUUAUUCCUUAUAUCACCAUUUAUUAUUAUUUUAAUCAAUGGUGCAAUUAUUAUUUUUAAUGUAUAAUCACAAAAUGAUAGUUUUUAAUGAUAUCUCUUCAGUGAAACUUGUUAUUAAUUCUUUUAAACAUAAGCUUAUGAUUCUCUCUUUAGAAAUAAGGAAAUCGACUACAGUGGGAUCUGCAAAUAAAUCUGAACAGGCAGAUACAUAAUGUAAUGGUAAAUCUCAGACUUUUGUGGUUUCCAUUAGUGCUAUCUUAUAGGUGGUCUAUCAUCUCUGCCUGGCAGAGUGGACCUCUGAUGUAACCUCUGAAAUCAGUCAAGCUUGUGGAUUUGAGGUCAUGGAUGAGGACAUUUUAUUCUGUCCAAUGAAAAAUGAGUGAACACAAGCAAAAAUUGUUGAGAUUUUGGAGAAGUUAUUGUUUUGUUUUAAGCCAACAAUCAUUAUUUUGUAUCACAAAAACAGAAAUAAGCAUAAACACUUUGGGUUAAAAAUAUGUAUGAAAAGAUUUAGGUCUCUGAUCUCAGAUAAUCAGACAUAUAGCUGGUUUUAAAGUUUAAAGCUCUUCUGAUGAACAUAUAUACAUCUAGAUACUUGAAAUACAAUAUGAUUUUUUUUCACAUAAACUUUCCUUAGAGUAGAAUUUCCUUAGAGUAGAAUAAAGUCUGUAGUAAUUAAAGUCAGUGCAAAAAGAGCAAAGAAUUAGGAUUUUGUACUAUGUAACUGCCUAGACGACACUGCUUGGCAAUUACUCUGCCAUGUCCCCAGUAACAUUUUUUAGGCUGUUACUGUGCCCUCUGGGUGAUACUUUCCUUUCUAGAAUUAAUCCUUUCUGCUUUGGUGAAAGUUUUCUGUCCACUCCAGGUUGAGUAUAGUUGAAAAGAAUAUUUUCUAGAACUCUGAUCAGAAAGUCAGGCUACAAAUAUACUCCAGUGUAUUUUAUUUUAUUUUUUUAGUACAUGUGGUUCAUAGGACAAUCUCUCAAUAAUUCCCAAUGUUUACAUGGAUCUCUGUCAUUUUCACAGUCUGUUACUUACAUAAAGUCACUUAAUCCUCAUAACCAUUCUAAGAGGUAGAAGCUAUGCUAUCCCUACUUCACGGAUAAAGAAACUGAGGCUGAGAUGUCCCCAGGCUACAUAGCUGCAGAGUGGUAGUGCUACGACAUUCAAGUCCAGGUCUGUACAAGCCCAAAUCCUGUAUUAACCACUGCACUGUCUUUAUAUAUUUAAAACAAGAAUUUUCAAGCUUUUAAAAGCAGGUGAAGUCAUUCCUUCAAAAAUGAAAUAAAUAUCCAGAAAGAUAAACAAAUACAUGAGAAAAAAAAUGAGACCUGUUCCAUUUUAAAACUUGUAUUUCCUAUGUGAGUAGGUCAGGGUAGGCUUGUUUCGAAGGUGAUGUUUAGGUGAAGCUGACAGGAGGUAGCAGUGCAGGUGUCUGGGAAAGGGUGUUGCAGGCAGAAGGAACAACCAUGCAGGGAUCUGGAGGAAGGAGCCAGUCAAUCCUCUGGAAAUAUCAAAGGCCAGUGUGCUUGGCACAGAGCAAGCAGGAGAGGUUGGUGCAGAGUGAGCAAGUAUUUAGAGAGGCUACAGGGAGCUAGAUCACGUAGGACUGUGUUGCAGGCUGGGUUCUCUAGAAACACACUCUGAGAGGGAAUUGGGUGAGCAGAUCAUUUUUUAGGGAGUGCUGUUGAAAUGAAGACCUAUGGAAAGGAGUGGAAGGAAGUAGGACAGAAACAGGUCAAACUGCAAUGCAGGCCCAGUAACAGUCUGAUGUGACCCCCAGACAGAGCACUGGCCUGAGAGUGGCCUCUGGAGUUGCCCUGAUUGGAAAGAUAUGUCUGGGCCUUGAUGACCCUGUGUGGCCCAGUCAUUGGAUAUGGGCUGCCCUGGGAAGACUCUGUGACCUUGGGUGAGGUGACUUCAGCUGAGGCAGUCCUGAAGACAUUGACCAGCUCCAGCAGCAGGGGUUAGGUCACCCUGAAGAGGAUCUGGGUGGCUUAUCACAGGGUCCAGCAUGACCUUUAGGCCUCAGAAAGAGCUCUGGCUUUUCUUCUGGUAGAAUGGAGAAUCUGUGAAUGGUUUUGCGAGUAGAGGAGUCAAAGAAACUUUCCUCAUGUAAGGACCACUCUGGCUGUCAUUUUGAGACUAGAAUGGGGAGAGAUGAGACCAGGGAGAGGCUACCGCAAUCUGAGGUGGCAGCCUGCAUUGGGGUGGCGAGAAGUGGCCAGUUCUAGAUGUGUUUGGCUGCCAGAGUCAACAGACCUUCCCACCAUGUAGAGUGUAGAGUGUGUGGGAGAAAGAGUCAGUGCUGAGUCACUGUGCAUAAAUUUAUAGUCAACAGCUUAGAGAUAGUUUGUGAAGCUCCCUCAGGGAACAAAAAGACUAGACAGAGGGUAGAACAAGGACUAGGCCCCGAGUCAUUAAGAGAUCACAUAUGGGUGUGUAUACUGAGAUGAUUUUGAAGGUUCUACACGCUCUCCCCAACUCCAGUUGUAUGCGUAUCUGUUGACUUUGAACAACAUGAAUUUAAUACCACAGUGGUUUUUGAACUGGUCAGUAGAGUUCCAAGGCUCCUGAACGCUGCCUCUAGAGGUUUCUGGGAGCCUGAGAGUUGGAAAUGCAGCAGAAACCUUGGGGUAACAAAUGAAAAAAUGGCUCCUCUGCUAAGAAAAUAUUUGAAUAUCAUUACUAAGUUAUUUUUAGGUAGAAUACAUAAGGUGUCCUUUCAAAGACAGCAUUAGGACCAAACUAAACAUACAGUUCUGUAAAGUUCAUCUUUCUCUAUGUGCCAAUCUGUCAAACGCAGUGUUCCGGAUUCAUUGUUUUAUUCUGUUUAUAGCAUUCACUCCCAAAGUUUAACACCCACCCACACACACCAUGCCCCUCUUUUCCACUUCAUUCUAUUAUCCACUUCAUUCUUUUAUUCUUUUGUCUUUUUGCUGCAGUUUCUCCAUACUUUUUAGAUCCAAUUUUACAAUAAUUUAAUUUCAAAAGAUGUAAUUGGAGUAGACCUUUUCUACCUUACUUUUUUUUUUUUUUAUUUUAACGACUGGGAAUUGAUUUGUUAACUUCAAUCUAAGGGAGUUAUACUGUGAAUUUUCGCACCUUUUUAUCUGGCUUUUUGACAAGCUAGACUAUGUUAUUAAAAACCUUGGUCCAAUUCUUUCAGUAACUUUCUGGAUUUCCAAUAGAAUGAACUUACUGAUUGUCAAGGUUUUAAUAUAGGUUAUUACAGAAUAGCUAUCACUCCAUAGAAGACACCCCAACCUGCAGGAGAUUCUCUGCAGCUUAAAAUUACACACAGGUAACCAUGAGAGUUCUGUUCCCUAGACUGUAUCAACUGUCUUUGGAAACUAAGUACUGCACUAAAACCGUCUAUCUUGGAAUGUAAUGAUGUAUCCUCUUUGAUUUGUACCAAUUUUUGUCUACCAGAAUUUAGAAAAAAAGCUUUUUUUCAUUCCGUAUUCAUACUCUGUUCCCUUUCUUUUGGAUAAAGAAUUGGUGACAUUGGGUAACUUCCUAACAUAUCUGCAGCCAAAUAGGAAGCUCACUAUUGUGGAAGAAAAAAGCUGAGGAAGCAAUAACAGAAUGGAGUGUUCCAUUUCUUUCGUUAAGGCCUCAGAGUCUAGGAGCUUGGCGUUCUCAGUGGAUGCCUGGUCUUUAUAGACAGAGACCAUGUCUCAUUUGUUUAGGUAGCACCAUUGCACAUGAACAGACACAUAAUUUCUAAGUAUCAUUUGGAAAUAAAACACAUCCACUGAGUGGAAUUUAGCUGCAAGAAGAGAUUUGCAGGUAUUAACUUUGAAAACAAGCUGGGGACCUUGGAUCAUAGAUAUAAAAGAAUUAAAGUCAACCAUAAGUAAAUCAGACAAGUAAGCUUAUUGAUAAGACUAAAAGAAAUGUAAUAGACUGUGCUUCUUCCUACUUCAUUUUAAUUUAGUUUUCAUGGAAAUCUGUAGGUGAAGAAAAUAAAAAUGGUCAACAAUAUGUACUUUUAAGGCACAUAUAAAUUAUAAGGCGAUAACAGGAAAUACAGUUGGGAAUGGAGCAAGUAAAUGAUUUGCAAAAGUAUUAGUAGGAAUACAGGCACAGCAAAAUUUAAAAAUUAUAGGCAUUUGUGUUAGUAUGUAUGUGUGUGGACCCAGUUCCUUCUAUCUUCUUUAUGAAGCCUGGAAGUGGUUUGCGAAUGAGUUCCACACCCAGAUAUCACUAUGUUUGAGUCUGUGAUGUGAAAUUAAGUCUUGGAUAUUACCUGCAAGUCCAGUGUCAGUAUUUGCUUUGCUUUGAAGUUCCACACAAAAUCAAAGACAGUGUUCUGUAUAAUUAUACUAUAGUAUUAACGGGAUAGUUGUGUCUUAGGUGCCUUGGUUAGCAUCAAUUAGUUGUGAGGUCAUAUUAACUCCUUUUUGAAGGAUUCCUGAGCUGGACAUUUGUGUUUACUCAGGUCGCAUAUGGCUGUGUAGUAUUUAGAUUGCUGGGCAUACACUGUUGACUGCUUAUUCUACUGAACUAACCUUUGGUCUCUAUCAUGAUCAGUGCUUUCACUCUCAUGAUAGAGACCUCUGUGUUCUUUGUUUGUUGUCUUUGUUUGUUUCUUUGUUUCUAAGGCAAUUGUCUUUUCCUGAAAUCCAAUCAAGUUGGCAUUUACCAUCAAGGAAUUUCAAGGGAUUAUUAAAAACAAUAACAGAUAUCCAGGUCAGUUUUGUGAUAAAUGGUAUUAAUGGGAAAAACGGAAAAAUACUGAAUAUCUUCUGCCAACCAAGAACACUUUACCAAACCAAAAAAUAUUGCUUGGUUUUUCAAACAAAGGCACAAAAGAAUGAGAUUAAAACAUGCCAUUAAAAUAUUUUAAUAGCUGGGCAUUAUUUCAUGACACUACAAAUAUAAGUAUAAAAUUUUUAAAGUGACUUAUUUGGCAAAUGCUAGAUUUUGUAGUUUAUGUUUUGAAAAUUUCUAUAUUCUCAUUGUCCAUAGUCUGCAAUGUUUAUACUGUUUGUUUUAAUUUUAAAUUACCUUCACUGGAAUUUUUUUUUUAAUUUUUAGUGUCAUUAUUUAAUUUGGGUGUUCUUAUCUAGUGCCAUGGUUCAAUUUGGGCUUCUUAUCUACUUCUGCGUUUUCUUUGUUAGUAGAGUAUGAAUCUUAAUGGCAAAGGUUGUCUCUUUGUCACAAACCAUCAUAAAUAAGCCCAAAGGACAGGCCAUAAAAAUGUAAGAAAUUCUUAGAUUAAAAAACAUGAGUAAUGCUUCUACCUACCUGGCAUGCAGAGGUAAAAGUACAGUUGGCAACUGGUAAAUUAUUAACACUUUUCUACCAAGGACUUCCUCAUUCCUUAGUAUCUCUGUGAUUAAUAGAUAGUCAAUUUAAGAAUUAGAAGAUGUAAAGCAUAAUAAAAACAUUUUGUAAUCAUGUAUUGGAAAGAAAUUAAGGUAACAUUUUGUGCAACAUUCAAGGGGUCAGGGGAACAAAGUGCUAGAACUCUUGGGAAUAGAUUUCAUAUUUUUUUGAAGAAGUAAUUCAAGGAGGAUGAAAGGUAAUUAUAAGUAUGCAACUAUUAAUUAAUGCAUAAUAAAUAGUUGAAUAAAGAAUAA